UCAAAUGCGAGUUUCGUCGGUGCUUGCGCAGCGCACAGCAUAAGCAAUAAUCGGGAGUGUUUCCUUCAGGGGCGUAUAUGCACUUUAUGCCAGGAAAGUGUCCAAGCGAUUCCGUGCAUUGAAGAGCCGCUUCUUUGCCAAAGCAGCCCCGCUAGUUAUCAAGUAUCGAGGCUGGUUGGAUAUGGUGCCUCCGGCUCAGUGAACACAGCGCCCAUUCACACGCGAACCGUUCAGAGAGGGGAGCUGAACUACGCCUAAAUCACGUUCUUUUCGAAUACCGUGCACCGCUACUUUAGCCAAUCAUGACUGACGCAAAGUACUUCACGACAACCAAGAAAGGUGAAAUAUUCGAGCUGAAGAGCGAACUCAACAGCGACAAAAAAGAGAAGAAACGCGAAGCAGUGAAGAAAGUAAUCGCCUCGAUGACAGUCGGCAAGGAUGUCAGUGCCCUGUUUCCAGAUGUGGUAAACUGCAUGCAGACGGACAACUUAGAACUGAAGAAACUUGUCUACCUCUACCUGAUGAAUUAUGCUAAGAGUCAACCUGAUAUGGCUAUAAUGGCUGUGAAUACAUUUGUAAAAGACUGUGAGGACGGCAACCCCCUCAUCCGGGCGCUGGCGGUACGCACCAUGGGUUGCAUCCGCGUGGACAAGAUAACGGAGUACCUAUGCGAACCCCUGCGGAAGUGCUUGAAAGACGAGGACCCCUACGUGCGAAAGACGGCUGCCGUGUGCGUCGCCAAGUUGCAUGACAUCAAUGCCCCCCUCGUGGAGGACCAGGGCUUUUUGGAUCAGCUGCGAGACCUUCUCUCUGAUUCCAACCCCAUGGUAGUGGCCAAUGCUGUGGCAGCGCUUUCCGAGAUGAACGAGGCAUCGAGCAGUGGCCAGCCACUGUCCGAGAUGAGUGGGCCAACCAUCAACAAGCUGCUGACGGCGCUGAACGAGUGCACCGAGUGGGGUCAAGUGUUCAUCCUCGACUCGCUGUCCAACUACUCACCCAAGGACGAACGCGAGGCCCAAAGCAUCUGCGAGCGGGUCACUCCGCGCCUGGCACACGCCAACGCGGCCGUGGUGCUGUCAGCAGUCAAGGUGCUGAUGAAGUUCAUGGAGAUGAUGAGCAGCGACUCCGACUUUAUCACCACCCUGACAAAGAAGCUGGCCCCUCCUCUGGUCACUCUGCUGUCCAGUGAACCAGAAGUGCAGUAUGUGGCACUCAGGAACAUCAACCUUAUUGUGCAAAAAAGGCCUGACAUCCUGAAACAUGAAAUGAAGGUGUUCUUUGUCAAGUACAAUGACCCAAUAUACGUGAAGUUGGAGAAAUUGGACAUAAUGAUCCGCCUUGCAUCCCAAGCAAACAUUGCUCAAGUCUUGGCUGAACUGAAAGAGUACGCAACAGAAGUGGACGUGGACUUUGUGCGCAAGGCUGUGCGUGCCAUUGGUCGCUGUGCCAUCAAGGUGGAGCCGUCAGCCGAGCGGUGUGUCAGCACCCUGCUCGACCUCAUCCAGACCAAGGUCAACUAUGUUGUCCAAGAAGCUAUUGUUGUCAUCAAGGACAUCUUUAGGAAGUACCCAAACAAGUACGAAAGCAUUAUAUCCACUCUGUGUGAAAACCUGGACACGCUGGAUGAACCAGAAGCAAGAGCCUCAAUGAUCUGGAUCAUUGGAGAGUACGCAGAACGCAUUGACAAUGCGGAUGAGCUGCUGGAAAGCUUUCUGGAAGGAUUUCAUGAUGAGAAUACUCAGGUUCAACUUCAAUUGCUUACAGCCAUAGUCAAGUUGUUUUUGAAACGACCCACAGAGACACAAGAGCUUGUACAGCAGGUUUUGAGUUUGGCCACCCAAGAUAGCGACAAUCCCGACCUCAGGGACCGGGGUUUCAUCUACUGGCGGCUGCUCUCGACGGAUCCUGCGGCUGCCAAGGAGGUGGUGCUGGCCGAGAAGCCACUCAUAUCCGAAGAGACAGACCUGCUUGAGCCCAGCCUACUCGAUGAGCUCAUUUGCCACAUUGGCAGCCUUGCGUCUGUCUACCACAAGCCACCGUCAGCCUUCGUUGAGGGAUCGCGCGUUGGUCUCCGCCGUGCCCUACCCCUCAGGCACAACUCCGUGGGCUCAGCAGACGAAGCUGGAGCAGCGGGAGCUGGAGACCAAUCGACGGUCAUCCCGAGUGCUGACACGCUGAUUGGAGACCUUCUGAGCAUGGACAUUGGAGCCCCGCCCCCUGUGCCUCCCGCGGCGGCCGUGCCGGUGCCACCGGCUGCCCCUCCAUCGGCAGCCAUGGACAUCUUUGGUGGCGGUCUGGACAGCUUGUUGGGUGACACCCUUGGUGGCGCUGGAGCUGCUCCUAUCCCAGCAGCGGCACCGGCGCCAUUGGGAUCCACUAACACGACAGGCCUGCUGGGUGACAUAUUCGGCCUGGGCUCCACCAGCACCUUCUACACGCCACCAAAGCAGAUCUGGCUGCCUGCAGCACGAGGAAAAGGUUUGGAGAUUGCAGGCUCCUUCACACGAAGAAAUGGCCAAAUCUUCAUGGACAUGACCUUCAGCAAUAAAGCAAUGCAGGCUAUGACUGCCUUUGCUAUCCAGUUCAACAAAAACAGCUUCGGGCUGGCCCCUGCGCAGCCGCUGCAGGUGCAGGCUCCCUUGCAGCCAAACUUCCCAGCAGACGCAAGCCUACCACUUUCCACUACUGGCCCUGUCCAGAAGAUGGACCCCCUCACGAACUUGCAGGUGGCCGUCAAGAACAACGUGGACGUCUUCUAUUUCAGUUGUGUGGUUCCAUUGCACGUGUUGUUUGUGGAAGACGGACUGAUGGACAAACGCGUGUUCCUAGCCACCUGGAAGGAUAUUCCAGCCCAGAACGAGCUUCAGUUCUCGCUGGAUGCGGGGUCCCUGUCCGCUGACCAACUGGCCCAGCGGCUGCAGCAGAACAAUAUCUUCACCAUCGCCAAGCGCAACGUCGACGGCCAGGACAUGCUGUACCAGUCGCUGAAACUCACCAACGGCAUCUGGGUGCUGGCCGAGCUGAAGGUUCAACCGGGGAACCCCAGGAUCACUUUGUCCUUGAAGACGAGAGCGCUGGAAGUGGCACAAGGGGUGCAUCAGAUAUAUGAAAUUAUCCUACACAGCUGAGAAGACUGAACGGGAAUGUUUCUCAAUGCCCCCCCCCCCUUUUUUUUUCUUUGAUGCAGUUGUCUCUGACCUGCAUUUUUUUUUUAUUUUUGUGGCAUGUAUGCAAAGCAUAAGUGCAACAUUCCUAAGUUAUGUCACUGCGUCUGUGUGAAAGGACUGCAGACUUAGCGUGCUUGGUUGGCAUCUGAUUCGCGUGUAGAGCUGUCAAAAUUUUUUUGUAAGUUUGUCUCUUCAUUUCGUGUACUGGACAUUCCCGACCCAACCGUCACUUUGGAUCAUAGUGUAUAGUUGAAACUUAAAGGCCCUUCUUUACUCAGUGGCUGCUGAAUUGCUCUUUAUAUUUUAUUUCUUCCACUAUUAAAAAAAGGUCUUAGGCUUUUCUUCAGCUCAUCUUCGAUUGGAUGUGUGUGAAUAUGAAUGUUUUGUGUUGGAAGAGCAAGCGAAGCAUCAGAGCCCUAUGUGUUUAUUAGCUAGUGGGAGGCGUGCAUCACGAGCUCUGUAGUCAGACAUUUUUGUUUGCCAAGUCUUUCGUCGCAUUUUGCCCAUCUGUCGAGGAGCCGCGCACCAUGCUUUGAGGCCGAAGGCAUAGCCACUUAAAAAUCACUUGGCAUGGGUGCAAUCUCCACUAAGAGCAAAAAAAGAAAGAAAAAAAACGUAACGCCGCUUUGCGAAAUCCUGGCACAGAGGAAGAAAAGAAUGGUUGUUUCUCAUACUAGCGAUAACACAGAAAUUAGUUUUUUGUGCCAUUUCUUUUGUUAACACGAUACAACACAUUUCUAAAGCUGCCGCUCGAAUUUAGCAGGUUCAUGGUGGUUCAGAGGUGAAACUGUGGUGUUAACCACGCUAAUGGAGCUUUGACCCCCACAUUCUUAAAUGUUCCUCGACUCAAUGCGGCCUUGGCUACGGAAAGCGAACAAUGGCGCCGACCUCAACUUAAAUGGUCGCCACACCUUCAGUAACUCUCCUCUGCGAUUCCCAAGCUAAAAUUUUGUAACCAGGCACCUGAUGUAGCUUUAGAAACACUAGUGGAAGUGCGUUUUUUCUCUGAAAGCCCUCGCUGCAGAAAUCACUGAGGAACUGUUGGAUCAGUCGAGUUUAUUUGAUGGACAAUGCCAUCCUACAAAGACAAGUCUAGGAAAGUGCAUUGAGUCAAAGCCCGUUUGUGAAUAAGGGGGCCAAUCUACAUUUUAUGUGACAACAAUGCAAGCAUAGUUGGCAUGAUGCUAGUAGGUGUGUAGAUGAGUUUGCCGUCUAAGCUGUCAGAGACGGGGAGAGGUUUGCGGGACUUGGGUCUUUCCUAGACUUUUUUGACAUAGUGCUUUUCAUUGCGAAUGAAACUCUUGUUAAGCCUCUUCAAGUGUUGUCAACUGGGGGAUGUCUCUUUGCCGAGCAAAGGCUAUUGAAAUGAGAAUGUCUGGAAACGAGGAUGAGUCAUUGAAGCAGGCCGCUUUCUACGACCGCCAACGAGUACUUGACUGUACCGACAGCUAAACCAACGAGCUACACCUGCCAAAAUGCUCGGACUUACCAUGUUGCACUUUGGUGUCUUAGUUAUCGGCAUGUGAAAACAUUCAGCUGUCAGCUGUUUCAAGCAUUGUCAUUCAUAUAUAUUUUUUUUUACUUGGCACCAUACCGUUAAGGAUGUUGUGACUGCCCCGAUUUCACCAUGCCAGAUACACCUGCAGCAUGCAGCAAAAUUUACGAUUGCGUAGUUUAUUUUGUACAAAGUGUGUCACGGUGAAAAUGCUGUUUGAAGUAGUGAGUUUACUUUGUCGGGUCUUACGAUGACACCAACAGUGAAACGAAAGAAAAAAAGCUAAUCCUAUUCCCAUUUCCUCAAAACUGUAUAAACUGUAAGCAAGUUUUUGUUUCUACUGCUGUAACAGUGGUUGUACUUUUAUGCUAAGCUUUUACUUCGAGGAAAAAAAAGGAAAUAUAUAUAUAUAUGUGCAUGAACAUGUCGCAAUGCUGUCGUGAAGCACAGAAUGCAUUGGCAUGUGCGUGCACGUGUAGUUUAGUCUGUGGAACACCCUUGUGAAUAAUUUUUUCAUUUUGUGGCGAUACGUUUGUGUGAUUACUGUGUAAGAGAACGAAGCCGGAUGUUACUCAUGUUCAGAAAACUAAGAAGAGCCCGGUUGACGUUGGUUCAUUUUUCAUGUUUCUAACCGCGUCGUGACAGUUAUGCAGCACAUUCAGUUGUUGGCCUUUGCCAGGUGUUAUGAAAAGACGAACGAAAGUGUGGAAGUUGACUGUAAAAAAAGUAAUAAAACACAUUGAAGUAUUGGUGGCUAACAUUA